UUGCCGCGCCUCCGCAGGGGAGAACCGUCGCUUGCCGGAGAUACCAUCAUACACAACCGGCACCGCACCAUCGUUAGACACCGGAGUUCAUUGCUAGUUCGUCGUGGGGCAUGGGUGAGCGCCUGUUCGUUGCCAGAGCGGGAGGAGGAGCCCAUACGAUGAGGCAAUCUCCGAGUAAGCCACCACUCACUCGUUGGCGGUGAACAGGUGGACACACAGACAGAGAAGGUCGCCGCCGUUUUGUUUUAUCUUGGAAAGACGCCGUCGGUCGCCACCCAGGAUCCAACUGCAUGCAUGCAUGCGGCGCACGCCGUCUCGGAGCGCAUCAAUGGCGCCACGCCCGGACGAGGCAGUGGAGUAAACCCGCCGCUCGCUGCCAAACCACGCCGUGCCUGCCGCGAGACAACCUCGUGAGCCCACCCAUGGACUACUACUAAGACUAAGAGGGCUCCAUCCAUCUCCCCCCAACACUCCUCCUCCUCCUCCUCUCCUCGUGCUCCCUUCCCUCUCCGGAUCGCCGGACCUCCUCGCCUCGCCUCGCCAUGCCGCUCGUCUCGCUCCGGGCAAAGCACAACACGCUUCUGGACGUGAUGUACGCAUCGGGCACGCUGGACGGGCAGUUCAAACAGCUGCGGGCCAUGGAGGAGGACGGCGGCGCGCCCCCGGGCUUCGUCGCCGAGGCCGUCAACCUCUUCAUCCGCGAGGCCGACAGGAUCCUCGCCGAGCUCGCCGGCCUCAUGAAGCAGCCCGUGGUGGACGUCGACAAGGCGGACGCCCUGGUGCGUCAGCUCAAGGGGAGCUGCAUCAGCAUUGGUGCUAAGAAACUGAGCGUCUCCUGCACGCACUUCCGUCAGUUCUAUAAGGAAAAACCCAAAGGAUGCCUCUUUGUGCUGACUCUUUUGAGGAAUGAGUUCUAUGAUGUGCGCAACAAGUUCCAGACCAUGAUGCAUCUGGAGCAGCAGAUCGCAGCCUAUGGUCCUAAAUAGUAGCAAUUGGAAAAAAAAGCACCCCAUGCGAUCCCUCCCAAGAUGGGGUGUAUUUAUCUCUGAAGAUGCAAACAAUGUUCAACAUGCAUGUGUCAGGCUUUCGGGUGGUUAUAAAAUAAAAUGAGGAAUCUUGCGUAGUAACUCUAGUCUAGCAACUCUUAAAAAAAAUUCGUCAGGUGUCUAUGUCUCUGUCAAGUCUAUAUGGGCUUCCCCGCCCAAUGCAAUUUGUAAACUCUUUACCUGGUUGGUUGGUUAAUGGUGUCUUCCUUUUG